AUGCUGCUCAUAGGUCUCACCGGCUCGAUCGCGACCGGCAAGUCCACAACAGCUGCCCUCCUUACAUCCCCGCCAUACUCCCUCCCCCUCAUCGAUGCAGAUGUCCUAGCCCGCAAGGCCGUUGAGCCGGGCACGUGGGGCUACCGCAACAUAGUAGCCACCUUUGGCCCAUCGACUCCAGACUUGCUGCUUCCUGCUGAUGAUCCCCUGUCUGGCAGCAGUGAAAAUGGGCCAGAUGGCAAGGGUCGGCCGUUGAACCGCCCCGCACUUGGACGGCGUGUCUUUGGUAAUUCAGAAGAACGAACUGCAGACCGCAAGAAAUUGAACGGAAUUGUACAUCCAGCUGUUCGACUCUACAUGCUAAGGAGUGUGUUGUACUACUAUAUCCGCGGACAUUGGGCGGUGGUGCUCGACAUUCCCCUGCUCUUCGAGUCCGGUCUCGACAUCUUCUGCUCCACGACAAUCGUGGUUGCUGUCUCAGAUCCUAAGAUACAGAUGCAAAGAUUGCGUCAACGGGAUGAGCACUUGAGUGCUGAAGACGCGCAGAACAGAGUUGCCAGCCAAGUUGAUGUACGUGAGAAGGCGAAGCGCGCGGAAAUGAAAGGCGAGGGCCGGGGCUACGUCCUAUACAAUGACGGCGAGAAGGAGCACCUCGAACUACAGCUGGCGGAUGUUCUGGCGAAGAUUCGCAGCAGAAGUCCAUGGUGGUGGAGCUGGGCUCUUCUGCUGUGUCCGCCUUUCAUGGUGGGUGUGGCAAGCUGGGAAGUGCUGCUCGGCUGGUGGCGACGACGCAGGGCUCAAAAAGAGCGCGGUCAUGAGCUACCAAAAGCCAAGCUUUGA